UCAGUGCCCCCAGCACAGGGGCUGCCACAGCAUGGCCUCGGGGAGGACGCUGAAGUUCGCCCUGUGCGAGGUGCUGCAGUUCGCAGGCCUGUGCGUGCCGCUCUUCAUCGUCAUGCAGAGGUUCGCCCUCAUUGUAGCGCGGGUCAAGAGCGUGGCGCAGCCGCCCGGCGACGCAAGCACCGCCUACUGGCUCACCGUGGCCUCCUCCAUCGCCUAUGUCACCUCUGCUGCCCUGCUGGUCUGGGUGCCCAUGAAGUACAUGGUAUUCACGAAUAAGAAGUUUCUUGUCGGGAGGAAGAAGUGGAGGCCGGUGGCCCUGGUCUAUUUGAUCCUUUCCACAUUACCCUGCUUUGCCUUUCUCAUCGCCAGCUCAGAGGUGCAGAUCAAUAACAGUAUAAGACAGGAUACGUUUGCAGAGCUCCCCGUGUCGUUGGUGCUCUUCUCUCUCAUCUGCAUCGAUAUUGUGGAGAGGAUCCGCCACAGUCGACUCACUGGACACGCUUUCCGUCCAGCUAACGAAUUGGCCCGAGAUGCUGAGAUCCCUUCCACUGUCCUCACGAACGUAACCCCAGUGACACCGGUAAACCCAGAAAACCCUGCGGCAUCCGUAACGCCAGCUGUGCCCGGGCAACCUACACAACCAGGGCAACCUGGUAAUCCAAAUGGGCAGGACCAGAACGGGGCGGGGUUUCAACCAGAGGCCAAUUGGACACUCCAGGGGAUGCCAGUUAACCAGAUACAAGGCAGACAGUUCAGCAUGUCAGGCCUGAGCUCGCGCUCGGCAUGCUCUGCACGCUCGGCCAGCAUGUCCGCAGACCACGGCGUCUCACCAUAUGCCUACACAGGCCCGUUGCGCUUCUUGUGUGCCAGCGAUGCCCGAGCCGAAGUGUUUGUGGACAGCUUUCUGUUCUGGAUGGACACGGUGGAGAUGGUGAGGGUGGCAGGGCACCCGGCGGUCUACUACUCAGGCUGGGUGUUCCCUAUCUAUAUCUUCAGCUACCUGUCGUGCCUGCGGCUGGUGGUCAUGCCCCACAGUCCCCUGCUGUCGUUGCUAGGCGUGGCCCUGCAGGAUCUGCCUUUCCUGUUUGUGCGUAUCGGCCUCAUUGCCUUCUUCGGCUUUGUAACGCCACUCCUCUACCUGAUGAAGAACUUGCUCGUUUGUUUGGCCUUCAUCUACUUCAACUUCAUGACCAAGCUGAAGGUCUUCAACACAGAGAGAAUGUUCUGAUCUGAGCUGCCGGCCACGGAUGAGAAAAAACUAUGGACUAUGAUGGACUUUAUGACAGAGACAAAGGAGUCACCAAACCAAAGGAAGACAAAAACAAGAACGGGCUCACACAGCGAUGACAAUAGGAUGUUAUGGAGAACAUGAGAAGAAUUGGAGAGGAUUACUGUUUGAUGUGAUUGCACCACAGCAAAGACAGAUUGAUCCAUUUCAUAAUGAUGAUUCUGAUUAAAGGAGGGACAGGACUACAUUGUGGUGCUUUUUGCAAGUUAAAAGGGAACUCUUCGGCAAUGUGUUCCCGUAAAGGGGAGGGAGGACAUUAACUGUCAGAGGACUAUGUGUUGUCUUAGUGUUAUCUUAUUUCCUCCUUGUUCCAAGUGGGGUUUUUUACCCUCCGAUUCCCCUUGUCCCCAACCUGAACUAUGGCACUUUGCGAAUGUAAAAAACCUGUCAUGUCACUUCUUACAGAUUUUAUAAUAGAGAAUAUAUGAUUUUUCUAUUCUAUUACUAAGUGCAGUGAAUGUGUAAGAAUAUACAUCAAUGUCGUUAUACAUCCCAGAUUUAUUUUCCUUGCUAGGUUAUGAUAUUAUCCACAAAAACAAAGCGUGAGUUUGUACAAAUGAAACAUAUUUUUUUGGGUAAAAAAUAAUAAAGAAAAAGAGGGAAAGAAA